UUAAAAGAUUGAAUUGAAUUAUGAAACUGUUCAGGGAACACUACCUUCUGACCCUCUUGCAGAGUUAUAGUUUUGUGUUGACCAGCACGCUGGAAGCCCUGGGGGUCAAGUGGCAGAGACUAGGAAUAACUUUUAAUGAUUUAGCGGCCAGAUUUUUCGAACAGAUCCCUUACGCAGUUCUCAGUUCUGUUCUUGUUUCGAUCAGAAAUAUUACGGAAGACGACAUUUUAAAGUUCCAGGAAAAUCCAGAUUAUGAAUCGGAAAAAUCCACGAAAAUGCUGAUUUCAAAUGACGACGUUAAUCAUAAUUCAACUCAUACAGAAGAUUUUGAUCAGAAGACAGAGUUUUCAGAGACAGGGAAAGAAUUUCGUCUAACUAAGAAAAAAACACGCUUCCUAUUGCAUUUAUUAAAUGAUGUACACAAAUUUAUCUAAUUGCAACCUUCUACAUCAAAUGCAGUG